AUGGCGGAUCAUAUUACACCACCGGGAACUACUGCUGAGUCUCCGUUGACUCCUCCGCCGUCAGAUCGAAAGGCUUCUUUUAGUGUAUCGUCCGUCGUCAAUGUUUUGAGAUCGCAUAAAAAGGGCUGCGGCGGGAAGCCUUGGGCUGUUUAUCUUCUCAGUCCGGACGAUUACAAAGGGGUAUUACAUGCGCUGGAUUCUGAUUCUGAUCCUGAUCUCAAAUCUUACGUUAAUGACAAAAUCCGUUAUGAUUAUGAUCCCCUCCGUUCACGCCUAGCUAUCCGAAUGCCUACCCCUGUCCACGAAAUAUUCUGCGCAAAUGUUGUCCGCAAUAUAAUGAAACAACUUGAAACGUUCGAACAAUGUAAUAGGCUGGAUGCGCGAUAUAUAAAAGAGAUUCAACACUUCGCGUCUUCACGAUUAGAACUACCUGACGAGGCAGACGAUGGAACGAUAAAGUAUAUUAGACGGGAGCCUGACGCGUCAUUUGGUCAUCGCUUAGCACAGUUUCCAGGGGUGAUUAUUGAGGUCUGCUACGCCCAGAAAGCCCGGCAGAUCAAUUCACUAGCCGAUGACUAUAUCUUAUGCAGCGACGGUAGCGUCAACGUUGUGGUCUGCUUAGACAUCGAGUACAGGACCUCUAGAAAGGCCACUCUCUCCAUUUGGCGUCCCCAGAUCAUGCUAAGGGACGGGACUAGAGAAUUGCGGGCGUGCCGAGUGGCUUUCCGAACGGAUGAUGGACAACCUGUAGAACAGACUUCAUUGCGACUGAUGCUCAACGAUUUCGCAACGGAGGAGUUGACUCGGAACUGUCAGAAUCUCGACCAGGAAAUUGUGAUCUCCUCAGAGGACUUGUGUAGAUUCCUGGCGGAUGCCGAGGCAAGACAGACAGUCCAAGAACGACAGAGUGGCUCUGUGAACCGCCUCUCUCCGGGAGUACGAAAACGUCGUCGAUCUGAAAGCCCUGAUGAAGUCAGCUCAGAGGUGGAAGCAGACGCAGAGGAUAAGGCGAGAAAGCGAAGUCGUUAUGAAAGUGAUUAUGUUCCAAGUUCCCCAUCUGCGGACUCGAACAAUUGA